ACUGUCGCUUCGGCCGGGCUGUGGAGCGGACGGACGCGCCUGGUGCCCCGGGAAGGGGCGCCCCCGGGGCAGGAGGAGGAGGAGGAGGAGGAGAGGUGAGAGGAAGAGACGCCCUCUCUGCCCGGGCCCUCUCGAGGCCCUGACCCCAGGACCAGGGGACUGACAAGUGCCUCGGCCUCGGCAGCCCCGAAGAGGCCGCGACCCUGGAGGGCCCUGAGCUCACCGCACCAGGGGCCCCAGCACCGCCCCGGUGGCCGAGAGCGGCAGUCCCAGGGACCAAGACCAGUUUUCUAAUUGCCUAGACAACAAGCCUGGGGUCAGAGCAGCCGCCACCAGCCUCGCCGGCUGCCUCAGGCACCGGUGCCAGCCCAGUGCGUCCAGCCCAGGGGACAUGCCGGUGCUCUCCACCCCCCGGUCCUCUCGCGUGACCACGCUGAAGCGCACAGCAGUGAUCCUGGCCCUCACGGCCUAUGGAGCCCACAAAAUCUACCCCUUGGUACGGCAGUGCCUGGCUCCAGCGAGGGGCCCUCAGGGGCCAGGGACCACAGGAGUGUCCACGCAGGAGGCCUCCGGGACCUCCGCUGCCACCACCACUGCCAAGGCAGGCGUGAACCGGGUGUUCGUGCAGCGACUCUUGUGGCUCCUGCGGCUGCUCUUCCCCAGGAUCCUGUGCCGGGAGACGGGGCUGCUCGCACUGCACUCCGCCGCGCUGGUGAGCCGGACUUUCCUGUCCGUGUACGUGGCCCGCCUGGACGGCCGGCUGGCCCGCUGCAUUGUGCGCAAGGACCCAGGGGCCUUCGGCUGGCAGCUCCUGCAGUGGCUCCUCAUCGCGCUGCCUGCCACCUUCAUCAACAGUGCCAUCCGCUACUUGGAGGGCCAGCUGGCCUUGUCCUUCCGCAGCCGUCUAGUGGCCCAUGCCUACGGUCUCUACUUUUCCCAGCAGACCUACUACCGAGUCAGCAACAUGGACGGGCGCCUUCGCAACCCUGACCAGUCCCUGACCGACGACAUGGUGACCUUUGCAGCCUCCGUGGCCCACCUCUACUCCAACCUGACCAAGCCGCUCCUGGACGUGGCCGUGACUGCUUACACCUUGAUUCGGGCGGCCCGCUCCCGUGGGGCCGGCACAGCCUGGCCCUCGGCCAUCGCUGGCCUUGUGGUGUUCCUCACAGCCAACGUGCUGCGAGCCUUCUCACCCAAGUUUGGGGAGCUGGUGGCAGAGGAGGCACGGAGGAAGGGGGAGCUGCGCUACAUGCACUCUCGUGUGGUGGCCAACUCAGAGGAGAUCGCCUUCUAUGGGGGCCAUGAGGUGGAGCUGGCCCUGCUGCGGCGCUGCUACGGCGACCUGGCCUCGCAGAUCAACCUCAUCCUGCUGGAGCGCCUGUGGUACGUGAUGCUGGAGCAGUUCCUCAUGAAGUACGUGUGGAGCGCUUCGGGCCUGCUCAUGGUGGCCGUGCCCAUCAUCACUGCCACCGGCUAUUCAGAGGCAGACUCUGACUCUGUGAAGAAGGCCGCCUUGGAGCGGAGGGAAGAGGAGCUGGUGAGCGAGCGCACGGAAGCCUUCACUAUCGCCCGCAACCUCCUCACUGCUGCAGCCGAUGCCAUCGAGCGGAUCAUGUCAUCCUACAAGGAGGUCACGGAGCUGGCCGGCUACACUGCCCGGGUGCACGAGAUGUUCCGGGUGUUCGAGGACGUCCGCCACUGCCGCUUCAAAAGGCCGGGGGGGCCGGAAGCCGCGCAGGUGGGAGCCGGAGCCUUGGGGUCAGGGGUCCGUGCAGAGGGGCCCCUGCAGAUCCGAGGCCAGGUGGUGGACGUGGAGCAGGGUAUUGUUUGUGAGAACAUCCCCAUCAUCACGCCCAGCGGGGAGGUGGUGGUGGCCAGCCUCAACAUCAAGGUGGAGGAGGGCAUGCAUCUGCUCAUCACCGGCCCCAAUGGCUGCGGCAAGAGCUCGCUCUUCCGGAUCCUGGGGGGGCUCUGGCCCACCUAUGGCGGGGUGCUCUACAAGCCACCACCCCAGCGCAUGUUCUACAUCCCUCAGAGGCCCUACAUGUCCGUGGGCUCCCUGCGCGACCAGGUCAUCUACCCAGACUCGGCACAGGACAUGCGGCGCAAGGGCUACACCGAGCAGCACCUAGAGGCCAUCCUGGACACAGUGCACCUGCUACAUAUCCUGCAGCGUGAGGGAGGCUGGGAGGCUGUGUGCGACUGGAAGGAUGUCUUGUCGGGGGGCGAGAAGCAGAGAAUCGGGAUGGCGCGCAUGUUCUACCACAGGCCCAAGUAUGCCCUCCUGGAUGAGUGCACCAGCGCCGUCAGCAUCGACGUGGAAGGCAAGAUCUUCCAGGCCGCCAAGGACGCAGGCAUCGCCCUGCUCUCCAUCACCCACAGACCCUCUCUGUGGAAGUACCACACACACUUGCUACAGUUCGACGGGGAGGGCGGCUGGAAGUUUGAGAAGCUGGACUCGGCAGCCCGCUUGAGCCUGACUGAGGAGAAGCAGCGUCUUGAGCAGCAGCUAGCGGGCAUUCCCAAAAUGCAGCAGCGCCUGCAGGAGCUCUGCCAGAUCCUGGGCCAAGGCCCUGGCACCCUCCGGGCUGCCGCCACCUGACAGAGCCUCACCUGCACCCCCACCCCCCAAGCUCUCAGAUCACAUGAAGGAAACAGCACCCCACUCCCCUGCCACCCUGCUCCAGGCCCACCCCGCAUGCCCUUCCUGCCUCCUGGGCCUUCCUGCCCCAGGCCGAGCUGCAAGGAUGCCCCCCAUUGCAGCCACGUGCUGCCCCUGUACCCCAGCCUUGGGCAUGCACACGUGGAGUGUCCUGCCCGAGGCCCAGCCCUUCUCGCUCCUCCCCUGCCCCCACCACAGCUGUGACCUGGGCAGGGUAACUGAGUCCUUUAUUUUCUUUGUGGUGGGGGAGAGGGGCUCAGGUGGCCCCAAUCCUGACCCCACACCAGAGCCAUUGAGCGGUGGGGGUAGAGCCCCCCACACCGCCAGCCAGUCUGUGCCGAGCCUUGCAUCUGUGGGGCCCCCCUCCUGUGACCAAGUCCCCUGGUCCUGCCUCUUCAGACCCUUGAAGACCCCAGUCCAUCCCUCUAGUGCCACACCCAUGGGCCACCCUUCCUGCCAUAGAAGCAGCCACAUGGGCCCAGGACGCCUGGGCUCGCCCUCUCCCUGCCAGGCGCCCCGAGGAGCCCUAGGGAGAGAGAACCACACCACGUUUACCAGUAAGUGAUGACAAGGGUGUCGCCCUCCCUCUACAAGCUAAUUUAUUGCAUUCCUGUUGUAACCGCCCUGAUUGCCAACGUGCAAGCCCCCGCAAGCCAGGGAGGCAGCUCCAGCGCUGGCCCUUCCAUGGGUGGCCCAGCCUGGGAGUUGCCCCAACCAGCCUGUCAUCCCACCAGCCUACACUGCCAGCCGCCACCAGGGCCCGGCCAGCCGAAGGGAGAUGGAUGCUGGGACUGCCAGGGGUUGAGGGCCCCGGGGUUCCCAGCUCAGUGCCAAAGAGGGGUCAGCCAGGGAGCUGCCUCUGCCCAGCCAGCCCCUGCCCGAGAGGGAGACCCCGCUGCCGCCGUGUGCCUUUCCAGGCCCUCAGCCUUCGGCCGGGAGCCUCCCUCGGUCCUCUCAGUAAAGAUGUCUCUUGGA